AUGAUGGAAAUUAAAGCAAUAGACAAAAAUAUCUCAACAAACAAUGGAAACAAAGUCUCUCAAGUUGACAACAACACUCCAACUAAUAUAAACACAAAUUAUGAUUUGAACCCUGAUGACACCAACGAUUUCGCUGAAUUAGCUACAAUUAGAAGCAGCAUUCAUACUAAAACUUCAUUUGUCGUUGAAGAAGUAAAAUUUCAUUUGUCCCUUUUAACAUUUGUUAUUUUAGCAUAUCACACAAGAUAUUGGAUAGGUAAAUUAUCAGCAUCAUAUUCCCCAAGUUACGUUUCUUCCGGUACUAUUUUAUGGAGUAACAUUCCAGCAUGUUUUUUAAUGGGCAUUUGUCAAAUAAUUCAUAUUGGUGAAUUACAUAUUCCAGUAACUAUAGGAUAUUGUGGUACUUUAUCUUCGUAUUCUGCAAUUAUAAACGAACUUUUUGACCAUUCCACCUCGACUACCUAUUAUCCCAAUAGAGCAUAUGGUAUUAUGGAAUUUUUAUCUGUUAUAGUUGUGGAGUUAACCUCAUCUAUGGGAUCUCUAUUAAUAGGUACUCGAUUUGCCGAGGAAUAUCUGACAAGUAAAAAAAUGGUUUCAUUUUUGAAUAAAUAUGUUUAUCCAAUAACUUAUAUUUUUGGGAUCCCUAUAACAAUUGUAAUGAUUGUAUUAAGUGGGGUUUACUCUAAUUUUUCCAGAGAAUUUUUGGUUGGUAGUCUUUUCAGUAUAUUUGGAGUAUAUUUAAGAUUUUAUUUAUCCAAGAUAAAUCCAAAGUUUACCAUUCCAUGGGGCACUUUUAUAGCAAACCAGGUUGCCAGCCUAAUAGUUGCUGUCUUGGAUCUGGUGUUAACAUCUCGCAAAAACAUAGUUCAGUCUAAAAAUGGACGUCGUGUUUUAAAAGGGCUUUCUAGUGGAUUUUGUAGUGGAUUGAGUACAAUGAGUACUUUUAUGGCUGAGGGGAGAAAAAUUAAAUUAAAAUUUGUACUUAUUUACUAUUUCAUUACUAUAUUCACAUCAUACAGUAUAUUUAUCAUUAUUUUAGGCUCAUAUAAAUGGACCGUUGGAUUGAAUUGA